AUGGAAACAGAUGAAGCUUCAGCUACUCCUUCAACUACAUCAGAAACUGAUGUAAAUAUGCAGGAUGGUGCAGCUGCUUCAGGGGCUAACAAUGGUGUUCCGGAGUCUGGAGACAAACCUGUCCAAAUGGAGACAGAUGCUAAGGUUGAAGCUCCCAAGAAAAAGGUCAAGAAGACAUUUGUACCAGUGACAAAGAUUGUUUAUGGUGCAAUGGCAGCUGCUGAUGUUCAGAAGGCUGUUGAGAAAGGAUUUGAAAUGGCUCUUCAGGAUCAUGUUAUGGAAGAGACAAAGGACAAGAAGAAUGUUGUUGAGUCCUAUGUUUAUGACAUGAGGAAUAAAGUAUUUGGUUCCUGCAUAUUUAUUGUCCAACUGCAGCUGUUUCAACCUUUGUUGUGGAUCUCCACAUUACAAGUCAAUACUAGUUAAUAGGCAUUGUUUAUCUGCUCACACAAUAAUCUAAUAGUAGGCCUUUAUUUUAUCUAUCUUUUUUUAGGCUAUAACCCAUUAACGUAAGUCUAUAUUCUAAU